AUGAGUGGAUAUAAAGUAACAGACCUGAACCUCCCUAUAAACAUCAGUAACUCAUGCACAGAUGUGAAUGAAUGUGAUGAGAUUCCUGAGAUCUGUGGUCCAAACUCAAUCUGCAACAACACUGAUGGGAGUUACGAUUGCUGGUGUAUGAGUGGAUAUAAUGUAACAGACCCAAACCUCCCAAUAAACAUCAAUAACCCAUGCAGAGAUAUUUAUGAAUGUCUUGACCCAUCAUCAGUGUGUGGGCCGAACGCUUACUGUCACAAUUACAAUGGAAGUUACUCAUGCUCUUGUUGGGAAGGAUAUAAGAUCACUGAUGUAUCUCAAAAUAUUAGUGACAGUAACCCUUGCAUUGAUGUGAAUGAAUGUGGUGAGAUUCCUGAGAUCUGUGGUCCAAACUCAAUCUGCAACAACACUGAUGGGAGUUACGAUUGCUGGUGUAUGAGUGGGUAUAAUGUAACAGACCCGAACCUCCAUAUAAACAUCAGUAACCCAUGCACAGAUGUGGAUGAAUGUGCUAAGAUUCCUGAGAUCUGUGGUCCAAAAUCAAUCUGCAACAACACUGAUGGGAGUUACAAUUGCUCCUGUAGGAGUGGAUAUAAAGUAACAGACCUGAACCUCCCUAUAAACAUCAGUAACCCAUGCACAGAUGUGAAUGAAUGUGAUGAGAUUCCUGAGAUCUGUGGUCCAAACUCAAUCUGCAACAACACUGAUGGGAGUUACAAUUGCUGGUGUAUGAGUGGAUAUAAUAUAACAGACCCAACCCUUCCUUUAAGCAUCAGUAACCCAUGCAGAGAUAUUUAUGAAUGUCUUGACCCAUCAUCUGUGUGCGGGCCGAAUGCUUACUGUCACAAUUACAAUGGAAGUUACUCGUGCUCUUGUUGGGAAGGAUAUAACAUCACUGAUCUAUCUCAAAAUAUCAGUGGAAGAAACCCAUGCAUUGAUGUGAAUGAAUGUGUUGAGAUUUCUGAGGUCUGUGGUCCAAACUCAAUCUGCAACAACACUGCUGGGAGUUACAAUUGCUGGUGUAUGACUGGAUAUAAUGUAACUGACCUGAACCUCCCUAUAAACAUCAGUAACCCAUGCAAAGAAGAAUCAAAAUCUACAGUGAAACCUCCAACUACAGUGAAACCACCAACUACAGUGAAACCAUCAACUACAUUGAAAUCACCAGCAUCAACUACAGUGAAACCUCCAACUACAGUGAAACCACCAACUACAGUGAAACCAUCAACUACAUUGAAAUCACCAGCUGCAACUACAGUGAAACCACCACCACCAGCUACAUUAAAGCCACCAUCACCUACAGUCAAACCACCAACAGUUAUUAAAAUGGCAAUGAGAAUAAAUCUAAUUUUUGACACCAGUCUCACCAACAAAGCUGAUCCAAAGUACAUAUUAUAUGUACAACUCAUUACAUCCGCAAUUGAAAAUAGUUACAAGAAUCUGCCCAACUUCAUUAAAGGUUCAGUAAUAGUCAUUGGCUUCAGGUCUGGUAGCAUAAUAGCAGACUACACGAUUAAUGCAACCAACAAUAAUCUGGAUGUUUCAUCAGUAAACACACAGGUUUCAGACACUCUAGCAGCUCAAGGAAUCCCCUUAGCUCAGGAUGCUUUUUCUGAAAAUGUGGAAACUGGUCUGACAAACAGAGAUAAGUUUUUUCCUCAGCAAAAUGUGGAACUGAGGUGUACGCGUCCAAAUUCUGUUGUGGGAGCAAUAAAAUGGAGUGUGAAUGAAAAAGAUCUUGCAGGAAACAGUGCAAAAUACACCAUUACAAGUGACGACAAUGGUAGCACUCUCAUUGUAAAAAAUGCAACUGAAAGUGACAGUGGUAGAUACUCAUGUAUCAUAGAAAGGUCCACAAUACCUUACAUUCAGUGGCAAACCGUUACUAUUAAACCACUUCCUAAUAUUAUAGUGGACAAAACUGAUAUAAAGCUUCAGUGUAAAGACCAGACUGUCCAACUGAAAUGCUGUGCAGAUGGUUACACAGUUGAGUGGAUUUCUAGUGGUGCCACAAAGGAUUCAGGAUCUAGCUGCAUCACAUUAAAUCAUGAAAUCUUAAACACAAAGUGUGGGUCUAAAGAAAAACUCACAUGCCGACUAAAGGACAUGCCAGAAUUACAAACAUUCGUUUAUAGCAACAGGACAGUCCAAGUUCAGACAGUCAGUGAGUUUGACUGUAUAAAUAACACGCUUGGAGUUGGAAAAAUAGGUGACAUUGUUACGGGCCUGUGUGAAAAUGGCCUGGAAGGCCUCAUUACUUAUGAAUGUCAACAGAAAAAUGUCACAAAUGAAUGGACAGAAGUACAGAGAGAUUGUGUUGUUAAAGCUGUCAAAGACCUUAAGAGGAGAUCUGAGGUUUUAGGUGUAAAUGAUAUCCCAGUGUUUAUGACAGAUCUCAGUAACACUGCAGUGCAGAAUAAUACUGCAAUAACACAAUCUCCUGACACUGUCCAAACCAUUGUUGGCAUACUUCACACAAUUGCUGGUAUCUCACAAACUAUUACCAUCAGUCAACCUGUGAUGGAGAAUUUUCUUAAAACAGUGGACAUCAUUGUAUCAGAUGCAUCUAAAAACACAUGGACAGAAUUGAACAAUAACAACAAAACAGAAAACAAAAGCACUGAACUUCUUCAAGCUAUUGAGACUAUAAGUGAUCGUCUCUCAAAUAAUAAUUUUACAAUAAAUGAAACCUCCAUUCAGUUAAAUAGAGCACUAAUUACAAACUCAUUCACUGGAUCAUCUUCACUGCCAAACUCAACUACUCAGAUUGUGAUACCAAAGGUUCUUAAACCGACCCUCAUAACCACUAUUAUCUUCACAAAACUUGAUAAUGUUUUACCAACUCGAAAUACUUCUAAUAAUGACAACAAGACAUCAGAAAACCAAAUCAAUGGAGACGUGGUUGUUGUUAGAGUUAAUAACGCAAUUAGCAACAUUUCAUUUGCUUUCGAUACCACAAAUACAUCAUUGAAAAAUCCUCAGUGUGUCUUCUGGAACUUUUCUCUGGAUCGAUGGGAUUCCUCUGGAUGUAAACUCAAGCGCUCAGAGAAUAACAUGGUUACAUGUGAAUGCGACCACACAACCUCUUUUUCAAUCCUGAUGUCACCGUUUGCAAAUGAUAGCCCUGCCUUAGCCUAUAUCACAUACAUUGGUGUAGCUAUUUCAAUAGCCAGCUUGAUUCUGUGCCUCAUCAUUGAGAUAAUUGUGUGGAAGUCAGCAACAAGAAAUGACACGUCGUACAUGCGUCACGUCUCAAUAGUCAACGUCGCUGUGUCGCUGCUGAUCGCAAACAUCUGUUUUAUCAUCGCAGCUGCAAUUGCAGAACAAGAACAACCAACCUCAGUGGGUCGCUGCAGUCCAGUAGUUUUCUUCAUGCACUUUUUUUACCUGGCUGUUUUCUUCUGGAUGUUCAUUUCAGCACUUUUGCUCCUUUACCGCACCGUCAUGGUCUUUUCUCAGAUGUCAAGAACUAUUAUGAUGGUCAUUGCCUUCAUGGUUGGCUAUUGUGCACCUUUGCUCAUAGCGGUUAUUACUGUCGCAUCCACAGCUGGACCUCAACACUAUGUCACAAAAGAAAAUGCAUGUUGGCUGAACUGGUUUGAAUCUAAAGCCCUGCUGGCAUUUGUGAUUCCAGCUCUGACCAUUCUUGCCUUUAACCUCCUGGUUUUGAUUGUGGUUGUGUGUAAGAUGAUAAGAAGAGGAGUUGGUGCUACAACUCAUGCUGAUGAAAAACACACUCUUUCGGUUAUUGCCCGAUGUGUGGCCAUUCUGACUCCUCUCUUUGGUCUAACAUGGGGAUUUGGCAUUGGAACCAUGGUUACGCGUGAAUUAGGCAUUCAUGUGGUGUUUGCGCUCCUCAAUUCACUGCAGGGAUUCUUUAUUUUGGUGUUUGGAGUGCUUCUAGACAGCAAGAUCCGUGAGAUAUUGGCAGGAAAGUUGUCACUGAGGAACCUUACCAGCUCCAACCGUACCAGGAGCACUACUGCAGGACCAUCUUCAAGUGCACUGGAUUUUUUCAGAAGGAGAAGAAAUGUGUACAACGUAUCUGUAGCAAAUGCUUCCUCAGGAGCUACAUCUUCAAACAGCUCCAGUGAUGCAUAUAAUUCAUUUAAUCCUUAACUACUUCAUGAUCUAAUGCCAGAGGACCUUUCCAAAAGUGUUUCCUUUCUGUGUCUGUUACCUGCUUUCAUCUUUCAUGAUAAAUACAAAAAAAGUGUAUGGGGUGCUAUUGGGUAUUUCGUUUUUCAAAAUACAAACAAAGCUGUGUAACUAUUGUAGAAGUAUAUUAUUCAUACUGUAUCAUCUUUCUGUCAUAAAUUAAAGUCAAAUCUUGCCAGUAAUCAUAGUUAGUUAAUUGGUAAUUAUUAAUAAAUGAAUUUUAAAUUGACCUUUUAACAAGAUAUAACUGUCUUACCUACACUGUCUUGUUUUCAAACAAUCACCAAUAAUAAAAUUUUAAAUGUUA